AUGGCUCCGGGUGCAACCAAACUCCUAGCCAUCAUCGCGGCUGUCGUUCUCGUCCUGGCCACAACCAUUGCCGGACAGGAGGAUGACUUCGCCGACCACCCUCCCGUUCACGAAGGAUGGGUAGCCUUCGGCGACUCCUUCUCCGCCGGAAUUGGUGCCGGAAGCGGGAGCAACGUUCCCGGAGACGUAGGGUCCGGCAGCAGCUGCCGCCGCACCCGCGGCUCUUACCCCGUCCUGCUCAACUCGUCGCCCGUAGUCAUGCAGGACGUUGUCGACCACCACUUUACCUUCCUAGCCUGCAGCGCCAAUGAGAUACGAGAUGUCCUUGACACGCAGAUCCCCGACUGGGUCGGCACGGGCCGGGUGGGAACCACUGACCUGGCUACCAUCACCAUUGGCGGUAACGACGCCCAUUUUGGUGAUGUCGUCCUGCAUUGCUUCUAUAACGUGCCGCUUCUCUGCGACGAUCGUCUAGCUAAGGCUCGGGCUGCCAUUGAAACCCUUCACGUGGGCCUCGCCGACGUGUAUACUAAGAUUGUGAGACAGAGACUAGAUGCAGGUUGGACAACUGGUUUUUUGCUUCUGGUGCCCCUCUACCCUCGAUUCUUCAGCAUUGAAACUAACGAAUGUGACGGACGCACCUUCGGAGCCGGCAGAGCUCUGACCCAAGCAUUCCGAAAAGAAAUCAACGAUCUCGUGGAUGCCGUAGACGCCAAGAUCAUAGAAGCCAUCAGCAUCACCAACGAACGCGUCGGCCUCGAAGCAGUCCGCCACGUCGACACUAAUCCCACCUUCGACGAGCACCGCUUCUGUGAGCCUGGCAGCACCGCCAUCGAGACGGCCGAUACUUGGUUCUUCGUCAUAUUCGACACCGACACGCCGCCGGAAGAAGGCGGUAACCCCCCUGUCAGUAUCGUGCCCCCCGAGGAAUGCAACGACCUAUUGACCAAGUUCGGUCUGGACAUGUCGGAGGAGCUUGGAAAGGCCAUCUGGUGCGCUGUCCAAGAAUAUCAGAUGCCAAUGGCUGGUAUCAACCCCGGCGAUGACUUUUCCUCGGUAUUUGGUCACACCUUCCACCCGAAAUCAAUCGGGCACGAUGGUAUCAAGAAAGCCAUCGAGGAGGAGUCGAAGAAGCUUUCGAGACAGAGAUUGUACCCCGUUCUUAUCGUCUGGAAGGGUAGCGUGAACUCAUUCCGCAACUUCAUCGCCGGGUCUGCCAUCCCUCCUCAUGAUCGCGUAACCAAACGCUGGGAGAAUACGGAAUCUCCCCUCCAGGGAUACUCCACGUGGGUAUCUGCCCGCACGGCGGAUCGCCUCCUUGAUAAUUUCCCCGACCGAAUCAUGAGCGUUAGCUUCGAACCCAGGCUUCUAAGGGCGAAUCUCCCACCGGAUUCGCUGCUUCCUACGGACCCCAUUCCCGGUGGCGAAGGCGAUCCACAGGCUCCCGUCGAAAUCCCCUCACUGCCUCGACGCUCUUCCCAAGAAGAGUUUGAACACGUCAACGAAACUCUCGGAGAGGAAGGCCAUCUUCCGGGAGGUCUAUUCCGAAGGCAGGUUUACACCCAAGCGGACCUCGUCAUUCAGCACAAAGUCGAGGGUGGUGUGGAGGACUGGCACCUUCCUUUCAUCUCUGAACCUCCGCAAUUUGUGGGAGAUGCGUACAUUUUCUACCCCGGUUACGUACAUCGACCGACGGCCGGCUACGACACGCAUGUCUAUGUCGUCGACUCCGGUGUACGGAGGGAUCAUGAAGAAUUUAACGAUGGGACAGAACCUCUGAUUGACCAUUGGUUCACUGCCACCGGUUUAUCCGGUACGUCGUUGCCGGACGACGAAGAAGGCCCGACUCCGAUUGAUGAUACUGAUAACCAUGGCCAUGGGACAUGCAUGGCUAGUCUUGUAGGAGGACACCGCCUCGGCGUAGCCAAGAGGACAAAGGUCGUUCCAGUCAAACUCACUCAUCAAUAUACGAUGGUCGACGAUCUCGCCCAUGCGCUCUUCCAAUCCCUCCAGUUCAUCUACACUGAUGUCGUCACCAAGAACAAGGUGACGCUAUCGGUCGUUAGCAUGUCCCUGAUCACUGGAUGUGGAAACUGGGUCAAUCCCAUCUACAACACACCCCCUGAAACCGCCGACCCCCUCGUCCCGUUCCUCACCGAGCUUGACAAAAUUGGCGUCUUGGUAGUCACUGGAGCCGGCAAUGACGGUAAGAACAACGAUGACCCAGAGUCAAAAUCGAGCUGCCCCCAAAAGUACGCCAGACCCGGACAAGCCGGCGAACAUAACUUGGUCGUCGUUGGUGCGCUCAACCAGGCCGGCCAAGUACCGGACUUCAGCAACAAGUUCGACACUGUCUUUGCAUACGCUCCCGGCGAGGGGAUCCGCUGCGCAAACAUGACGAGCCCGAGCGAUAUUAGGCCGGGCAUUGCGGGGACGUCGCUGUCUACUGCGCUCACGGCCGGGCUUGUCGCUAUGCUUAUCGGCAGACCGGAGAUUCACAGCGAGAUUUUGAGAAAAGGGGACGGAACGGCGCGUCCGUUCGCGCGAAACCUCAAGGAAGAACUAAAACGAUACUGGACGUUCGCAACUGCGUAUGGAGAAGGCGUACCGGAGCCACGGGUCGGAACAUACGACUACGUCAGGUGUCAGGAGAGGCCUAGCGUCCCAAUGGUACCAGACGAAAUUCCUCCAGUGCCCGAUCAACCUCGCCACGGCGUUCGCGCGGGAGGCGUCGCUCUUAAUAUCAAUGGCGCAUACUGCCACGGUCGCGAACAACUCCUCCGAAAUAGCGGCUACGACCUGGUUGGCUGCGUGGCAGACCUCCCAAAGGGGUGGGGCACGAGUAUCAUCGGAAAGAAGGCCGGUGAUUUUAACAGUCCCGCCGAAUGUGCCCACUACUGUGAUACCGACUACGAUUAUCCCCUUGUCGGAAUGCGCGGAACGUAUGACAUCUACCCCAAAUGUUUCUGCGGUAACAACAUGCCCCUAAGCGGCAUCCGGCCGAUCAAGCGAUGCAAUCUUGUCUGCGGAGAUGGACUGAGUGUCUGUGGCGGUCAGUUCGCACACAACGAGGGUGGCGACCUGUCGAUAACAAUCUGGAGUGUGACGGGACAAGAUAUAUCGGUUAUCGAAGAAGUUCCCGGCUGGUACCAUUUCACAUGUGGACAAGACCCGCCAGAAGGUAAUCUCUUCCCAGCCUUCUCAUUCCGGGGGCAGGACACGACAGCAAGUCUCUGUGCCUCAAAUUGCACCAACUUCGAAGCCUUCGGUCUAAAGAAUGGGAACGAGUGUUGGUGCGGCCCCGAAACCGUCGUCGAUAACAACGACCUCUCCGUCACGCAGUGCAACAGUCAGUGCGCGGGGAACCGCGGAUAUCUCUGUGGCGGCACAAACCGAUACACCAUCUAUCUGAAAACCGCCACAGGUCCACGGCCGCCAUCGGGCUGGGCUUUCACUGGCUGCUUCUCGGACGCAGAGGACCGGACUCUCAAGGGCGCUGCUUUCCACAACCAGCAAGACCUCACACCGGACAAGUGCGCGACGCUGUGUUCUGGCUGGAGGCACUUCGGCACCGAGAACGGGAACGAGUGUUUCUGUAGCAACUCCUUCCCUCGCAAUCGUAAACUGCGCGUCGAGCAAUGCGACGUAGCCUGUAGCGGUGAUUCUCAAGUCAAGUGCGGCGGUGGAUGGAAGAUUAGCGUUUACGAGGAUGAGAACUGGGUGGACACGACAGAAGAAAACACCACAGGCUGGCAAUACAAGAACUGUCACAUCGACGCCCCCGAGCGUGCGUUAACGGGCGAUUCUUUCGCCGACCCUAACAUGGACCUCGACCUCUGCUCCAAACGAUGCUGCGGGUACCGGUAUUUCGGCGUCGAGAACGGAAACGAGUGUUUCUGUGGUGACUCCAUCUCGAGCCCCGUGGUUCCGGAUUCGGAGUGUGGGACCCCCUGCGCCGGCGAUGCUUCUAUCCCCUGCGGUGGUGGUUGGCGCAUAUCCGUGUUCCAGGCGAGGCCCGGAGAAGGUCAACCGGUUUGUUCUAUCUCGACGGCCACGACCUCCUCAACCCCGGCAUCCUUUGAACCGUCAUCCGCAAUUACGUCUGGCGUUACUAGUACCCCCACGACCACGACCCCACGAAGUACAUUGCCAUCAAGUAGCACCCUGAUAACAUCAACGAGGACCUCUUCGACAGCCUCUUCUCCUAGGUCUUCCUCAUCGUCCACCCCGUCCUCCACCUCACCCAUACACUGUCCAUCAGCACCUCCUCGCUGUCCCGCCACCGAAUGCCAAGGAACCCAUGUAAACGGCCAGUCUCAAUGCCGAUCUACAGCCCUGGGCGGUUGUGCAUGCACCCCGACAAGCGACACCCCCGGUUUCACGUGCCCUCCAUCCCAAAGCUGCAGCGCCAACAACUGCGCCGGCGAAUUCACCCUCUCCAACGGCAUCGCCACAUGCCGGAACAACCUCGCCGGCUGCCGCUGCACGCCUACCGACCAAACCUGUGGCAACCCCCUCAGCUGCGAUCUCAACAACUGCGCCGGCGAGUGGGAAUCCGGCACAGGGAUCGCCCGAUGCACGAACUUCUUCGCCGGCUGCCGCUGCCAACCAUCAGCCCGAGUCUGUGGUACUAGACAAGCAUGCGACCUCAAUAACUGCAACGGCUCCUUCGACUCCGACGGCGUAGCCCGCUGCAAGAACUUCUUCGCCCCGUGCGAGUGCAACGCCACCCCAGGAAACUGCGGAACCCCGCAGUCCUGCGACAGCGGUAACUGCGUCGGCAGCUUCGACCUCUCAACUGGUCUCGCGACCUGCAAGAACUGGUGGCAAGGUUGUGUCUGUAACCAGACACCGGCGACGUGCGGCCGCGCGCAGAGCUGCGACUUAAAUAAUUGCAACGGCUCCUUCGACGCGAACGGCCGCGCUACUUGUAAGGGCUUCUUCCGUGGCUGCGAGUGCGAGCCUACGCCCCGUGUCUGUGGUCAGAUUCAGCCCUGCAAUCGCAACGGCUGCAAUGGCUCCUACGACCCCAAUUCUAACAUUGCACGGUGUCGCGGAAACUUUGCGCCCUGUCAGUGCAUUCCCACGACAGAGACGUGCGGCGAGCCCCAGUCUUGCGAUCGGAAUGGCUGCGCAGGCACGUUCGAUGCAAACUCCAACGUCGCGCGGUGCCGGAAUAACUUUGAGGGCUGCGUCUGUAGUCCGACGCCCAGUAGCUGUGGCGCGCCCCAAUCGUGUGACCGGAAUGGCUGCGACGGAACCUUCGAUGCUAAUUCCAACGUCGCCCGGUGUCGACGAAACUUCGCAGGUUGCGUCUGCACGCCAACUUCUCAGAGUAGUUGUGGAACACCUCGCAACUGCGACCUGAACGGCUGCGCCGGAACAUUCGACUUUAACUCCAACACAGCGCGGUGCCGUGGCAACUUCAACGGCUGCGUUUGCACGCCCGUGUUCCCAGGGACGUGUGGGGCGCGGCAGAAUUGUAAUCUGAAUGGCUGCAACGGUUUCAUCAGCGGCAAUACCGGCCAAGCGACCUGUCGAGGCGCCUAUCAGGGUUGUCCUUGUAAUGCCAUCUCGUCGACGCCGAGGGACUGCGGCACGCUCCAAUCUUGUAAUUUCGGCGAUUGCAACGGCCGCGCUGAACCGGGUCAAAAUAUUGGCUUCUGUCAAAGCGGGAAUCAUGUGGGAUGUGCUUGUGUCCCCGGGAACAACCCACCGCCGCCGCCGCCGCCGCCGCCACCGCCGUGCAAUUCCGACACAAGCUGCGAGUGCCACCUGUCUGGUUCGGGAUAUUCACCGAGUUGCAGAACACUGGCGGAAUCCAUGUCCACUAGCUCGCAGCUCUUUUCCGCCACGUCUUCGGGCCAGUGCUUCCAGCAGGGGAGCCGACGGUGGUGUGAGAUCCAGAGGUCUGGUUCGUGUGCUGUGCAGGUUGGCUGGAACGCUGAUGACUAUUCCAACGGAAAUGUUCCUCAGUAA